GUGGUAAAGGAAACUAGCUGAGUCGUUUUCUGAGAAGAGACCAUAUUUGUUCGCAGAGGAAGCCGUUGCUUUCUGGGAUCUGGCUACAGCAGAAACGACCUCUGCUCCAACCAGGGGUGCUCCUGAGGGUGGCUGGGAACUGGAAGAGCCAAGGACACCUUGAGUUGUGGAUUUGGGGACCCUCUCUGUCCAUGGGUGCAGCGCCUAUGCCCAGCUGGUGAGCUUCCCGCCAGGACACAGCCAUGGCACUGAGGAAUGUGCCCUUUCGCUCAGAGGUCCUGGCCUGGGACUCAGACAGCCUUGCGGACUAUUUCAAGAAGCUGAACUACAAGGACUGCGAGAAGGCAGUGAAGAGGCACAACAUCGACGGGGCUCGGUUUUUGAACCUGACAGAAAACGACAUCCAGAAGUUUCCUAAGCUCCGGGUACCGAUUCUCAGCAAGUUAAGUCAAGAAAUCAACAAGAAUGAGGAGAGAAGGAGCAUUUUCACACGCAGACCCCCGGUCCAGCGGUUCCCAGAGGAGACAGAGAGCCAUGAAGAGGACGGGGGCUGGUCAUCCUUCGAAGACGACUAUGAAAGCCCCAACGAUGACGACCAGGAAGAGGAGGACGACGGGGACUACGAGUCCCCCAACGAGGAGGAAGAGGCGCCCGUGUUAGACGAUGCCGAUUAUGAGCCCCCGCCCUCCAACGACGAGGAGGCCCUGCAGAACGCCAUCCUGCCGGCCAAGCCUCUCCCCACCACCAACUCCAUGUACAUCGACCGGCCCCCUGCAGGAAAAGCCCCUCAGCAGCCUCCCGUGCCCCCGCAGAGACCCAUGGCUGCCCUCCCGCCCCUGCCAGUGACCUCCACGGGCCGGAACCACUCGCCGCUUCCCCAACCCCAGCCCAACCAGGAAGAGCCUAGCAGAAGCCGAAACCACAAGACAGCAAAGCUGCCCGCCCCGUCCGUCGACAGAAGCACCAAACCGCCUCUGGAUCGCUCACUAGCUCCGUUUGACAGAGAGCCCUUCACACUAGGAAAGAAGCCGGUGUUCCCUGACAAGCCCUCGGCUCCGGCGGGAAGGGGUCCCGGGGACCAUCUACCCAAGCUCCCAAAGCCUCCAUUACCACCAGCCACCGAGAGACAUGAAAGAAGUGGGCCCUUACCUGGGAAGAAGCCCCCGGUGCCCAAGCAUGGAUGGGGACCAGACAGAAGGGAGAACGAUGAAGAUGAUGUACAUCAAAGACCUCUGCCCCAGCCAACACUACUGUCUAUGAGCUCCAACACCUUCCCCUCGAGAUCUACCAAGCCAGCCCUCAAGCACCUGCUCCUGUCCUCUCACGGGCCCGGAGCAUUCCCAGAAAGUAACAGCAGUUUCCCACAGAGCGCCUCUCUGCCGCCAUACUUCUCUCAAGGCCCUGGCCACCGACCACCCCUCAGAGCUGAAGGCAGAACCUUACCCUUGCCGGUGCCGAGCAGACCUCAGCCAGCGUCGGCCGGGGACAAAGAGAAUUCGCUGGAUGAAGAGUGGUAUAUUUCCUACAUCACCCGACCAGAGGCAGAAGCUGCUCUUAGAAAGAUAAACCAGGAUGGCACUUUUCUGGUUAGAGACAGCUCUAAGAAAACAAUAACCAACCCGUAUGUCCUCAUGGUCUUGUACAAAGAUAAAGUUUACAACAUCCAGAUCCGCUAUCAGGAAGAAAGUCAAGUUUACUUUUUGGGAACUGGACUCCAUGGGAAGGAGGAUUUUUUGUCCGUGUCAGAUAUUAUCGACUACUUCAGAAAAAUGCCACUUCUGCUCAUUGAUGGGAAAAAUCGAGGCUCUAGGUACCAGUGCGCGUUAACACACGCUGCGGGGUGUCCGUAGCAAGUGAGCCGAGGAAAGGAACCGUCAUCCCCUUGUCUCCGUUGUGGACAUGACAAGAUCAACAGACCUUGGUGAAUGGACAUUUGAUACUGAAACCAACCCCUCAACAUCAACACAAGCGUUUUGUACUUUCCUUUAAAAACAGCGUUUGAAAUGAAGACUGUCAAAUAUACUAUAAUUUAUUUAUUCCUCUUUAGUGUUUGUAAAGGGGAAGAGUGAUAGUGUUCACACUGGAAGCCUAGUAGUGUACUACAGUACUUCAUUUAAAAAGACAGGUGUGUAAUUCUGAAUGCCCAUUUCAAAGUGCAGUAGUUUACUCGGCCACAGCAAAUUUGGGGCAAGUUUGAGAACACUGAAACAGUGAUUGUUUUUGAUAUCACACGGGACAUAGCCAGACCUUUGUCAGUCAGAGGCCAUCGUCAGGUUUUUAUAUAACUUAAAAGUCACUCAAAUUAUUUUCUCAGCAGCAAUAAUUAGGGGCUUCAAAAAUAUAAUUCCAUUGGUUCUUAUUUGGUGUUUUCUGCUGGGGGGAUUUUGUGUACUUUUUAAUGACAAUAUAAAUGCAUGUUGGGAUAAUGUUUUGGGAUUAAAAUAGUCUUUUGCCUUU